GACGGCUGGAGUGGGUGCGAACACUUGUGCAUCAAACCAUGGUAGCCACGAGUCGGGUGGGAGUGGCGGGGUUACGUGGAAGAUCCUCCCGUGUGGGUGGCACGACAGAUGGGUGUCGUCCAGCGCCCUCCAUUUGUGGAGGUGUGGGACCAGCUGGCGAUCCGCCGAGGGCAGUGUUACCCAUCCACUCCGCGACGCCUUCGCCUGCACUGCGGCAGAGGGCGGCCGCACCGGUGGCGAAGACCAGCACUUCUCCACGGGAAGAAAUUGGGAGGCAGGCGUGGGAGUCCUGUUGCCAACAGAUGCGCCGAGCGACCGCUGAUAACAUAACGAAUAGGGUGAUACGGACGACACCCGGAGGGCGAGUGGUGAAGAAUCUCCAAAUUCCCAUUGCAAGGAGGAAGCAGAAGAUGCGGAAGACUUGGAGAUUUGACCCGUUGCUGCGCUUGGUGGACGAAGGGGUCGAUGCGGACGUCAACAGAAGGCCGCGCCACGUGGUGGUCGUGGAUCGAAGGAAGAGGGCUUCAACUUCCGAAUGGAUCAGCGAGUGUACCUUGAGAUCGACAACAUGUCUCAAGGCAAUAAGACCAAUGACCAUCUACCCGGAUAACCUCGCCGACACGAGCGCCCGGGGAGGAGUGCAGAUGUCGGGGGAUACUCAACGUCAGCCAUCCGUUGCAGGAGAAUCCGCUGUUGGGGGAGAUGUGGGUGAUGACAACGAUGAAGAUGGAGGAUCGACACGGGAGUCCGGGUUCAGUGCAGUCAACACGGACGACGCUGACAAGAGAAAGAACAUGCGCCAGCAAACGUUUGACGCCAUCGUCGAAGUAAUGGAAAAGCACAGUGCAUUGAUGGCGGUCCUUGGCGGACACUGUAGAGGGGGCAAGCAAGUGGCAGUGAAGUGUCAGUAUCCACGCCGGAGAAAGGCGAGAAGAUCAGAGGGUCGAAAAGAAGGGAGGAAAGAGGAGAGGAGGGAUGAGACUCCGCGGGCGAACGACGAGGACAACGAAUCUCUCAACUUGAGCAAGAAAAGAACGCGUGAGGAGGAAGAGUUGGAGGCGAAAUCCAAGCUCUGGGUAGACGAGAAGAAGUUUUGGGGAAGCGGACCUGGUCGCAUGAUUGCAGACGCCGUGCAUGAUUGCGCGGACUAUUAUUGUGCAAUCGUGAACGGUGAUGCAGGCACCACCGCUCCACAUGGCGUCAUCAUGCCACCCCCCGAUGUUCCGCGCGUGCGAAUCGAAGAUCAUGCAAAGCAAGAGCCAGCUCUACGACGGGCGAGACAGACGGAGAACGUCGCUAUGCACGUCAUCCACGGGUGGAUAUUCAGGUCGUCUUCAAGGUUCGAUGGUUUCGCCCGCGCCGAUUCGUAUGUCGCCGUUGAUUACCCCACCGAUCUGGCGAAAGCAGUUUGGCAGAGCGCGGAGUGGUCGAGGGUAGUGCCUCCUAGUGUCAUCUACCACGCGCUCGCUCUGAAGAUGGACAUUUCAUUGUGGUAUGUGGGGGCAUAUGUCGAGGAUAGGCCUGAGGACGACGACAUGGCAGCCCAUCAGGAGUCCACAGUAAUGCAUUUGGCAUCCUGGUCUCACGUUGCGCUCCGAGUCAGGCAGUGGUCCGACGGUGGAAAAAUGUCCCACUCAAGGCUUAGCAGAGUCGCGGACGCUUUCCGCCUGCUUCUCGCCUCGUGCAUGUGGGUCAUGCGCAUGGGGAGCGACGAUAGAUUCAUUCUAAGGACGGAUUCCACAGCGGUAAUCGGAGUUGUUAAGAGGCAUCGGCAAGUAGAUGCUACGGUCAGUAGGUGGAUAGCUCACAUAUGGACGUAUGAUUUUGUGCUAGAAAAAGUACCUACUGAAAAGAAUCGAGCCGAUGGAUUGAGCCGCUUAGAAUGGGGGUCAAUAGAUGAUGAAUCUCUUGAGGAGAAACCCUUCGUUGAUGAAUUCCUUAUGGAAGACGAUAAUGAAGGACUACCUCCAGCUCUCAGUUGUUAUACAGCCUCAGCCAUUACAUCGAGCAGAGAAGACUGCUGGGGAGAAAAGGAAGACCCUUACCUCCACUACCUUCUAACUCGAGAGGAUGAAGAGGAAGGAUGGUACAGGAUGGUGGAACAAGCCGCGAUUGCAACUCAUGAGCUGGCAGAGAGUUCAAGGAUGGUUGAGCGAAGGCUGAAUGAGAUAGAGGAAGAGCCAGAAGACCCUGAGCAAGAUAAAGACGCCGAAGAGAGAUUUAGGAAGGAUGAGUAUGAUGGAGAAAAUAAGAGGAUCGGUAUGAUAAUAAGAAGUAAUCAGUUGGAUGAAUUCUACCAUGAGAAAACAAAGAGAACCUUUAAGCUGCGUAGGGGUCACUUUUUUGUGGAUGCAAAGGAAGGACUACCGCCACUGAGAGUAGUAUGUGGUAAGGGAAGGCAACUAGAGGUGAUCGCCGCACUGCAUGAGGGUCUAGCAGGGGGUCAUAGAGGUGUUGAUGCUACAUACUAUAAAGUAUCUCGACUAUAUCACUGGGAUGGUCUAAGGAAUAUAGUUAUGAGAUAUUGUAAGUCAUGUGAAGCCUGUCAGAAAAGGUCAUCUAUGAGAUUGAUUGAACCCGUAUACCCCACUGUUCUUGUUGAACCUGGCAGUACUGUUCACCUUGAUCUAAUUACUAUGCCAUCUGGUAAGGAUGGAAUGAAAUAUGUACUGAACAUGAGAGAUAACAUGUCUGGUUAUGUUGAAGCAAAAGCCAUCCGUAAGAAAACUGCAAAGACAGUGGUAGAUUGGAUCGAGGAAAUCUACCUGAGGUACUCCUUCAUACGUAAGUUUGUGGCUGAUCAGGGGUCAGAGUUCAAGAACGAGAUGGUAAGGAGGCUCAUGUUCAGACUUGGAGUCAGGAUCAGAUUUGUGACACCAUGUCAUCCUCAAGCUAAUGCACCAGUGGAAAGAGGCCAAAUGAUACUAAAGGAUGCUAUAUCAAAAUGGUGUCAAGGCGACUCCAGGAACUGACCAUCUUUCUUGAGGGCGGCGGUCUAUGCUAACAAUGUGACUGUCAAACGGACUACAGGUUAUUCGCCCAUUACACUCUG